AUGCUCCAGCAUUUUGGAUUUGAGACAGAGUUUUUCAUAUUAGGCUGUCUAGUCACAGAGGAAAGCUGUACUUCUCUGGCCUCUGCUCUGAGGUCAAACCCCUCACAUCUGAGGGAGCUGGAUCUGAGUAACAAUGACCUGAAGGAUUCAGGAGUGAAGCUGCUCUCUGCUGGACUGGGGAAUCCCCACUGUAAACUGGAGACUCUGAGGCUGUCAGGCUGUCUAGUCACAGAGGAAGGCUGUGCUUCUCUGGUCUCAGCUCUGAGGUCAAACCCCUCACACCUGAGAGAGCUGGACCUUAGCUACAAUCACCCAGGAGACUCAGGAGUCAGACUGCUCUCUGCUGGACUGGAGGAUCCACACUGCAGACUGGAGAAACUCAAUGUGGAACAUGGUGGAGAGAACACAAUGAAACCUGGGCUUAGAAAAUAUGUCUGUUAUCUCACACUGGACCCAAACACAGUAAACAGACUCCUCUCUCUGUCUGAGGAGAACAGAAAGGUGACACGUAGGACAGAGAAGCAGCCGUAUCCUGAUCACCCAGAGAGAUUUGAGGACUGUGGACAGGUGCUGUGUAGAGAGGGUCUGACUGGGCGCUGUUACUGGGAGGUAGAGUGGAGUGGUAGAGAGGCUGGUAUAGGAGUGACAUAUAAAGGAAUCAACAGGAGAGGAGGGUGUGAUGACUGCUGUCUUGGAUACAAUGACAAGUCCUGGAGUCUGGACUGCUCUGACAACAGUAACACUGCCUGGCACAAUAAUAAUCCCACUACCAUAGACGUCCCCUCCUCCAGCUCCCACAGAGUAGGAGUGUAUCUGGACUGGCCAGCUGGCAUUCUGUCCUUCUAUAGAGCCUCCUCUGACACACUGACCCACCUGAAGACAUUCACCUCCACAUUCACUGAGCCCCUCUAUCCAGGGUUUAGGCUUUGGGAUGACUACUUUGGGGUUUGGGGUGACGUCUCAGUGUCCCUGUGAAUAAUACCUUUACCACACACACUGGACACACACUGCACACACACACU